AUGUUAACAAUAUCUUACAAGAUUGUUUUUAAUAUUAUAAAACACUAUAAUAUUAAUGAUAACAUAUUACGUCUAUCUCAUUAUGGUAAUAGGUGUUUUAAACACACAGUGGUAGAAAAUAUGACUAGCUUAAAGUUUUGUUUUAAAAGUAUUAAAAAAAUUCAUUUUAAAUCGUCUUUCAUUUAUAAUAUAACAUUAAAUUAA